AUGACCAUCAGAGAUAGAAACCUGAUCAUUAGUAACUUUACAGCCAGAGACGCAGGAACAUACAGAGUUCUGGACUCUGAUGGAGAUCUCUUGAUCACGGUGAAAGUCAGAGUAUCCUCUACAGCUUCUGCAAAAUCAGGCUCAAAGGGAGAACUAAACAACACAAAUGAUGACAAACCCAAUGACACCGAAAAACAUAAAACCUCCACUAUACCUGUGAAAGGAGAAAAGGGAGGCAACGUCACACUGACAUGCGAAUAUGAGGCCAAAGACAUUUUGGAUAUUAGUUUAAACAGUCGGUCAGAAAACAUAGAUGUGUGUCAGGAUGAAGAAUGUAGUGUUCGAGUGUUUAAAGAAGGAAACUGUGACGUCGUCAUCAAGAAUCUGAGCUUCAGUGACGCUGGGAAAUACUACUUGCAUGUCUAUUACAAUAAUGAUCAGACAGAGCUGGAGCGACUAAUCAGGACGUACCAACUUCAUAUUCAUGAUGAGAUUUCUGUGAGCAUCGGUGAGCAGCUGGAGUUAGAUGUUCUGUUGUCAGAAGCUGAUAAAGUGCAGCAUCAGAGCAGAAGAAGCACAGAGUGGAUGAAGGUCUGGAGCAGAAGUGAUGGAGUUCAGAGCGAACGAAUCACCAUCAGAGAUAGAAACCUGAUCAUUAGUAACUUUACAGCCAGAGACGCAGGAACAUACAGAGUUCUGGACUCUGAAGGAGAAAUCUUGAUCACAGUGACAGUCACAGAAUCAGGAAAACAAUCAACGGAAAAACUGGACGAUACUGAACAACACAGUAAGUAA